UCACUUCCUGUUUGUUGUUGACGGCUGAACUGCGUUUGAGCUCCGUCACUAUAUUCUUUUCAUUGACUAUUUUUAACUUAAAAAUCUAUUUUAUACACCAUCGUUUCCGUUUAUAUAACGCGUGAAUAUAUCCUCUAUUGUAUUCUACAACAAAAACAAUUAGAGCGACUCGCUAUCACUAGAUUUAUUUUGAUCUCCCGGGUCCGCUAUUAGCUUUUAGCCAGUUAGCAUCAGCAAGCGUGGUUGCUGCUAACUGAGCUUACAUUGCUAAUACUCUAUUCACACACAUUACCACUGCUGUACUCACUGUUACUUGCUUUAAUGGCGGAUGAAUGUCUCCACUCUGUGCAGCUCGAGCUCGAGGCCGUGGGGAAGCAGAUUCGCGACCUGGAACGGAGGCAGGCCGAGCUGAGAGAGCGGAGAGCCGCGCUGGAAUCAUCCCGGGCUGACGCUCACAAGUCCGGGGUAAGUAUACAGCGUGCUGUUAACAGUCCCACCACGUCUACUCCGUGUGUUUCUCUGCGCAGGCCCGGUGCACCCAGGACGCGAUCUUCCCAGAUGUCCUUCACUGCGACGCCGGGACACCACGGACCCUGGGUGCAUCCACAGCGGAGGAUGCGAGCCGGGUCCCGGGCGACGACAUCUCCCCCUCCUGCCUUCGAGAUCUCCAUCCAGAACCGCUUCGCUCCCCUCCGCGAGACAGGACGCGACGCUGUGAUCAUCGGAGACUCCAUCGUCCGACACAUACCCGCGAUCCUGAAGGACGACGAGAGCCCGAGAGCGGUCGUGCUUCACGCCGGGGUUAACGACACCACGCUGCGGCAGACGGAGACGCUGAAGAGGGACUUCAGGAGCCUGAUCGAGACGGUUCGCAGCACGACGCCCGCGGCGACGAUCGUCGUGUCAGGACCACUGCCCACGUAUCGACGAGGACACGAAAGACUGUUUCGCGCUGAUGGAUUACACCCCAGUCGAGUCGGAGCGGAGCUUCUCUCUGACAACAUCUCCAGGACACUUCGCUCCAUGUGACUAGUAAGUCAAUUCUCAAAUAACCAUUAUGAUGAGUUUUGUUCCACCCGCUUAAAUGAUAAAAGUACUUGUGCUGUAAAACCUAUUAAGACUGUGUCUGUUCCCAGAAUAGUGAGGUCAAAAUAUAAAUAUAAAUAUAAUGUAGGAUCUAGAAAAAAUCUUAUCGUAAUUAAACCAGAAAAAUGUAAAGUAAAUGAACAAAAACAAUUUUUAAAGUUUGGGCUCAUAAAUAUUAGAUCACUCACACCAAAAGCAGUUAUUGUAAAUGAAAUGAUCACAGAUAAUAGUUUUGAUUUACUCUGCUUGACUGAAACCUGGCUAAAACCAAAUGAUUAUUUUGGUCUAAAUGAGUCUACUCCACCAAACUACUGUUAUAAGCAUGAGCCCCGUCAGACUGGUCGUGGCGGGGGUGUUGCAACAAUAUAUAGUGAUAUUCUCAAUGUUACCCAGAAAACAGGAUACAGGUUUAACUCUUUUGAAAUACUUCUGCUAAAUGUUACUCUGUCAGACAUGCAAAAGAAAUCUAAUGUAUCUCUUGCUCUGGCUACUGUGUAUAGACCACCAGGGCCGUAUACAGAAUUCCUAAAAGAAUUUGCAGAUUUCAUCUCAGACCUUCUAGUUACAGUUGAUAAGGCGCUAAUCAUGGGAGAUUUUAAUAUUCACGUUGAUAAUACAAAUGAUACAUUAGGACUUGCGUUUACUGACCUAAUAAACUCCUUUGGAGUCAAGCAAAAUGUCACCGGGCCCACUCAUCGUUUUAAUCAUACACUAGAUUUAAUUAUAUCGCAUGGCAUCGAUCUUACUGCUAUAGAUAUUGUACCUCAAAGUGAUGAUAUUACAGACCAUUUCCUCGUAUCGUGCAUGCUGCGUAUAACUGAUAUUAACUAUAUGUCGCAGCGAUACCGUCUGGGCAGAACUAUUGUUCCAGCCACCAAAGACAGAUUCGCAAAUAACCUGCCUGAUCUAUCUCAACUGCUAUUUGUACCCAAAAAUACACAUGAAUUAGACAAAAUUACUGACAACAUGGGCACUAUUUUCUCUAAUACAUUAGAAGCUGUUGCCCCAAUCAAAUUGAAAAAAGUUAGAGAAAAACGUACUGUACCAUGGUAUAACAGUAAUACUCACUCUCUCAAGAAAGUAACUCGUAGUCUUGAACGCAAAUGGAGAAAAACUAACUUAGAAGUUUUUAGAAUUGCAUGGAAAAACAGUAUGUCCAGCUAUAGACAGGCUCUAAAAACUGCUAGGGCAGAGCAUAUACACAAACUCAUUGAAAAUAACCAAAACAAUCCAAGGUUUUUAUUUAACACAGUGGCUAAGUUAACAAAUUACCAGAUGCCACCUGAUUCAAAUAUUCCACCAACGUUAAAUAGUAAUGACUUUAUGAAUUUCUUCACUGAUAAAAUAGAUAACAUUAGAAAUACAAUAGCGAAUGUAGAUUCUACAGCAUCUAACACUUCAGUUUCAUCCAUCGCACCCAAACAUAAACUGCAGUGCUUUACAACCAUAGGACAGGAGGAGCUAAAUAAACUUAUCACUGUAUCUAAACCAACAACAUGUUUAUUAGAUCCUGUACCCACUAAAUUACUGAAAGAGCUGUUACCUGUAGCCGAAGAACCGCUUCUCAAUAUCAUAAACUCGUCGUUAUCUUUAGGACACGUCCCAAAACCAUUCAAGCUGGCGGUUAUCAAGCCUCUUAUUAAGAAACCAAAACUAGAUCCUAGUGUACUGGCAAAUUAUAGGCCUAUUUCAAAUCUUCCAUUUAUGUCUAAAAUUUUAGAAAAAGUUGUGUCUGCUCAAUUGAGCACCUUCCUGCAUAAAAAUGAUCUGUAUGAAGAAUUUCAGUCAGGUUUUAGGCCCCACCAUAGCACAGAAACUGCACUUGUUAAAAUUACAAAUGACCUGCUCCUUGCGUCAGACCAAGGCUGCAUCUCAUUUCUAGUCUUACUUGAUCUUAGUGCUGCGUUCGACACCAUAGAUCAUGACAUACUCAUAGAUCGAUUACAAAACUAUACAGGUAUUCAAGGGCAGGCUCUAAGAUGGUUUAGAUCCUACCUGUCCGAUCGCUACCAUUUUGUUUACUUAAAUGGGGAGUCAUCUCAUUUAUCAUCAGUAAAAUAUGGAGUGCCACAAGGAUCCGUCCUAGGUCCCCUUCUAUUUUCAAUAUACAUGUUGCCCCUUGGUAAUAUUAUUAGAAAAUACGGAAUUAGCUUCCACUGUUAUGCUGAUGAUACUCAGCUAUAUAUAUCAACGAGACCAGAUGAAACUUCCCAAUUAUCUAAGCUAACAGAUUGUGUUAAAAAUGUAAAAGAUUGGAUGACAAAGAAUUUUCUCCAAUUAAAUUCGGAUAAGACGGAGAUAUUAAUUAUUGGACCAAAAAACACUACACAGAAUCUUGUAGAUUACAAUCUGCAACUAGACGGAUGUACUGUAACUUCCUCUACAGUCAGAAAUCUGGGUGUUAUAUUAGACAGCAAUUUGUCUUUUGAAAAUCAUAUUUCCAAUGUUACAAAAAUUGCAUUCUUCCAUCUUAGAAACAUUGCCAAGCUACGAAACAUGUUAUCUGUUUCUGAUGCAGAAAAGCUAGUUCAUGCAUUCAUGACCUCUAGACUGGACUAUUGUAAUGCACUUCUAGGUGGUUGUCCUGCUUCUUCAAUAAACAAGCUACAGGUCGUCCAAAAUGCAGCAGCGAGAGUCCUUACGAGGUCAAGAAAAUAUGAUCGUAUUACCCCAAUUUUACAGUCUCUGCACUGGCUACCUAUUAAGUUCCGCAUCAGUUACAAAUUAUCAUUACUUACCUAUAAGGCCCUAAAUGGUUUAGCUCCAACGUACCUAACUAGCCUUCUACCACGUUACAACCCAUCACGCACCCUAAGGUCACAAAACGCUGGACUUUUGGUAGUUCCUAGGAUAGCAAAGUCCACUAAAGGAGGUAGAGCCUUCUCACAUUUGGCUCCCAAACUCUGGAAUAGCCUUCCUGAUAAUGUUCGGGGUUCAGACACACUCUCUUUGUUUAAAUCUAGAUUAAAAACACAUCUCUUUCGCCAAGCAUUCGAAUAAUGUAUCUUUUUAAUUUUAAUUGUGAGUGUAGUUGCAUCUGAUCAAAGGUGCAUUUUUAUUCAUUAGCUUGGGUUAAACUAAUUUUACUUUGUUGGAUCAGCAGCUAUGCUAAUGAUGUCUGUAUUUUGUUUCUAUGUUUUGCCACGGGAUUCACAUCCCGUGGUAACUAGGAUUUACACAAGCUCCAGUCUGGAUCCAGAACACCUGAGAAGAGAUGAUGCUGACCCUCAGAGGACCUCAGAUGAUGCUAACCCUGAAUGAACAAACAGAACUAACAAUUAUUCCUAAAUGUGUGACUUAAUCAUAUAAUAACUUAAUUAAUAAUAUUGAUAGUUCAUCGUCUAGCUGACUACGUCUUGUAUUAUUAUUAUUUUUUAGUUUUUCUAAAAUCCUGUCAAAUGUGCACAAACUACUAGCUACUACUAAAUAUUGUAGAAACAUAAUUUUCUGUAAAGUUGCUUUGUAACGAUUUGUUUUGUAAAAAGCGCUAUACAAAUAAACUUGAAUUGAAUUGAAUUGAAUUGAAAUCUGAGCGAAAUGGCGCGCGGCACCCAGGUAUAUGAUGCAUGCGCAUGUGUAGGGUGGUGCCAUGCACUGUUUGGCCAAUAGGAUUGGCGGGAUGGUAUAGGGCUUCAGACAUUCGUCACGCCGAAUGUGUUCCCAUAGUGGUGACGUCACUGCAGCAUCUCGUUCCCUAUUCAGGGAACGAUGGUUACAUACGUAACCGAGAUGUUUUAUAGCAUCAAAUAACUAAUUAAAAGCAAACUUGUUAAGAAAAACGAACACUUUCGUGUGCAUCUGCAUGAUAAGAACUACUUAAAUGUGGGAAGCUAUCUUUGGAAAACAUUUAUUUGAAGUGUAAUUUGAUUAUUUAGUUUGUCUCACGUCCCAUUAGAUUACAGAGGGUGGGGUUUAUGAUCUAUACUGAGACGCUAUGGCUCGUCCUUCACAGACAUGUUGACAGGAAGUUCAUUCCAGAACAUGUGGCCUCUAUGUUGAAUGUUGGCUUGUCUGCUGGGACUGUUACAAAACACAUUCCACUGAAAAGUUUGAGGCAGAGCUGCACAACUCCAAGUUAGAACCUACACGGAGAGAACUUUCUAAGAACUUUGCAAGAAAUUACAACAGUAAUAUUCCGUUUACAAAGCCAGGGAUUAUAUUUCCGUGUGAAGAGAUCCCAAAG